ACUCGCCAUUUUAUAGAUGUUGAAGUAUUGGUGACAAAAGAAAAUUUAUCAAGUGAAUUACGCAGCUCGCAGUUGUUAAUAAACUCAAUAAUACGUGUCUUUUUUAUAAAAUUAUAAAUUCGAGACUAUUAAAGUAUUCAAAUAAUUAAUCAAGAUGACAAUUCCAUUGUCCAAGGGAGCGUUAAAUGAAAUCGCUCAAGGGAUUGAAGUCGAGAAACCUAUUUUUCAAAUUUUGGGAACCAAGAGAUUAGCGAGCACCGAGAAUGAACGUUACAGAUUACUUUUGUCUGAUGGAGUCACAAGCAAUUCAUUUACGAUGCUCGCGACCCAGCUCAACAGCAUGGUCACAAAUAAUGAAUUGUCGGAUUUUUCUAUCAUUGAGAUUACUCGUUACGCAUUGAGCAAUGCCAACAAUGCAGGAAAAAUGAGAAAAAUUAUGGUAAUUUUGGGAAUCGAAGUUAAAGUACCCGGCAGUGAAGUUGCUGGUAAAAUUGGGCACCCAGUCCAACAAGGAAAAGAGUCUGGAGCUAGUGGAGAAGAGAAACCAACUCAAAGAGCAGACACUUCAUCGAAUGCUGAAAAUGUUGGACAAAAUCAAAAUAAAAGACCUGCUCAAACUGUUGCGCCAUUUAAUGCCAAUGCAAAUCAAAAACGUCGUCUGAAUGAAUCUUUGAAUUCAGGAGCUUCUAUAAUGACCAGCCCGAUCGCUGCAUUGAGUCCAUACCAAAAUAAGUGGGUAAUUAAAGCCAGAGUUGCAAGUAAAUCAGACAUUAGAACAUGGAGCAACUCGCGUGGGGAUGGAAAAUUAUUUAACAUGACACUUGUUGAUGAAAGCGGUGAAAUAAGAUGCACUGGAUUCACUGAUACUGUUGAUAAAUUCUACAAUACAAUUGAAGUGGGACAAAUUUAUUAUAUAUCCCGCGGAGUUUUGAAAGUCGCUAACAAAAAUUUUAAUACCACGAAUAAUGAUUAUGAGAUGACACUAAAUACAGAUACUGAAAUUAUUCCUUGUCAUGAUACAUGUGAAGAUAUACCGAUGAUGAAUUACAACUUUGUAAAUAUCAGUGAGGUUGAAAAUUUGCCAAAAGACCAAAUCAUAGAUGUAUUAGCGGUUGUCAAGUCUUGUGAAAAUGUUCAGAAUCUUACAUCAAGAAACACCGGCCGAGAAUUACGUAAGAGAGAUGUCAAUCUUGUUGAUACCUCCAACACUUUGAUCACUCUUACGCUUUGGGGAACUCAAGCAGAAACUUUUGAUGGAUCAAAUAAUCCAGUUGUUGCACUAAAAGGUGUUCGCAUUGGAGAAUUUCAAAAUGGAAAAAACUUGUCCACUAUUUCAUCAACAGCCAUGCAAUUAGAUCCUGAUAUUCCUGAUGCCCAUAGACUCCGCGCAUGGUUCCUCAAUGAAGGCCAAAGAGAGGAAGCGAAAUCAUUAUCGAAAGCUGGUGGUAGUAUUGCUAAUUGUGAAUGGAUGACAUUAGCAGAAGCUGAAGAAAGAGGUCGUUCUUCAAUGGAUGUUCCCACAAACUUUAUGUGUAAAGCAACCAUCAGUUUGAUUCGUCCUGACCGUGCUCUGUACAAAGCUUGUCCAAGUGAUUCUUGCAAUAAAAAAGUUCUUGAUCAAAGCAACGGAAUGUUCCGGUGUGAAAAAUGUAACAAGGAGUAUCCCAACUUCCAUUACCGUUUGCUGGCGAACAUGGCCAUAACAGACUGGAGCGCUAACUUAUGGGUCACCGCGUUCAAUGAAACCGGGGAAAAAAUUCUUGGUAUAAAUAGUCAAGAGCUCGGCGAGUUGAGUGAAAACCAACCAGAUGAAUACAAUGACAAAUUUUCUGACGUUUCUUUCUCUUCUCAUAUUUUCCAAGUGCGAAUGAGGAUGGACACUUACAAUGAUGAGCAACGAUUGAAAGGAAAUAUCAUUAGCUGUACACCAAUCGAUUACAAAACCUACAACAAACACUUGGUUAAUGAACUCAAAAAGAUAACAAAUAUUCAUGAUGUUAAAUAACUUUAAUUUAUUAUUUAUUUCUUAUUUUUCAAAAUUCAAUUUAACGUAUUCCUCUUUUCUUUUUUCAAUAAUUAAUAUUAUUUAUGUAAUACUAUUAUUAUCACCAGCAAUUUAGAUUUCAAAAAGAUAAAAUAUAAUUUUGUCUAUUAUUUAUUAUUCAAAAGUAUACAAAAUAUGUAAGGUGACAAAAUAAAUCAUUAAUUAAUAGUAAUAAAUCUCAAAAA